CAGUUUUUUCUGCCCCACCUCCCAAUAUUUAAAGGCCCUGCCCUGAAAUACUUUCACUGCCUUUAGACCUCUCUCACUUUCCAUCAGAAUCUUGAAAUGGCUUGCAGAAGAGACUCCUUAGUUCUUCCUCUUCUUCUUCUUCUCUCCAUUACAAUCCCUCUAGUCUCAGCAAGAGGUUCUCCUACUUCCACUCCAGCUUCUCCUAUCACCACACCAAACCCGGUCCCCACUCUGGUCCAGCAGAUCUGCAAGACCACCAAAUACUACGACCUCUGCAUCUCCUCCCUCCGGGCAGACCCGAGUAGCCCCACUGCUGACACGAAAGGCCUUGCCCUCAUCAUGGUUAGGGUGGCGGUCGCAAACGCCACCGCCACAUCCUCAUUCCUGUCCUCUUCGGCAGUUUCAACCUCCACGGGUGACCCUGCAAUGGUCAAGCUUUUAAGGGACUGUGCGGACAAGUACUCCCUUGCCGGCAGCUCCCUACAGGACUCUGCCCUGGACCUUGGUGCAGAGUCGUACGAUACUGCCUACAUGCAUAUCUUGGCUGCCCGGGACUACCCGAACGUGUGCCACAACGCAUUCAAGCGGGCCACUAGGCCAGCCUACCCACCUGAGCUCGCAAGGGAGGACGGGCUUAAGCGCGUCUGCGAUGUCGCGCUCGGCAUUGUGGACAUCCUCGCAUCGCAGCAGUGAUGUGGAAAUGUUGUGAUAAGUAAAGGCCGACAUGGAUUCCUAUGGUUCUGUAUGGUGCUGUAUUGACGUGUUAUCCAUGAGAGAAAUUAUUGCAUGAACUAAGACAUGCCUGUGAAAAAUCGUAAUCUAACACGAGCCAUUCGUUA